AAUAACAAUCUAAAUCAUAUAGAGAAAAUAAAAUUAGUUUUUUUUUUCUUUUCUUCGUUUUAGAAACAAUAAUAAUAAUAUGUUGAUUGGGAAUCGACCACGGCCUCAAAUGCAGAGAACAACAAGCAUAACGAGGAUCACCGUCGAGGUUGAUGAUGAUGAUCAGACCGCCGGCCAAGACUCUGACGUAGCUAUGACGGUUGUAGACGCCGGAGAUAAUUACGACCGGAGGUUCUUGGGGAUGUUCUCGCCGCCAAAUCACCGGAGGAACAAGAGACAAGACGGUGGGAGAUCAUCAUCACCGUCGUCGUCUUUUCUUGGAAACUGCGGCUUUUGCAAACACCGUUUAGCUCCGGGUCGUGAUAUUUACAUGUACAAAGGGGACGCAGCGUUUUGUAGCAUAGAAUGCAGAGAACAGCAAAUGGAGCACGACGAAGGCGAAACAAGAAACCGCGUCGUACUCUCACCAUCUAAAUAAAUAUAUAUAUAUAUAUAUAUAUUUUUGUAUGCAUGCCUCUCAAAUUUGCUACUACUCCCCUACUACUAUUAAGUUUGUGUUCGUCUGUUUUAACUUGAGAUUAUUGUUGCUUAAUUAAUCAGUAAUUAGUAUCAUUAUGUCAAUUAAUCCUCUUUGUAAUGAAACUAUCGUUCCUGUGUGUUUUUAUUUAUAAAAAAAA